AUGUCUUCCAUCGUCAACAAGGUCAAGGAGGCUCUCCACUCCGACAAGUCCCACGAGCAGCCUGAGGGCACCUCCGGACCCCACAACUCCAAGGUUGCCAACGCCGCCGACCCCAGAGUCGACUCCGACCGUGACCACCGCGCCAACCCUGCCGGCUACACCGGCGGUGCCUCCAACGCUCACACUGCCGGUACCACCGGUGGCCUGACUGGCACCCACGGCACCACUGGCACUCACACCGGCACCACCGGCACCUCUGGCCUGACCGGCACCCACAACACCACCACCGGCUACGAUGACCCCGCCGGCACCCACGGCCCUCACGGCAGCCGCGUCGGCAACCAGGUCGACCCCCGCGUUGACUCUGACCGUGACCACCGCGGCGCCCCUGGCUCCGGCCUGACCGGCACUCACGGUACCACUGGUACCCACGGCACUUCCGGUCUGACCGGUACCCACGGUACCACCGGCACCUCUGGCCUGACUGGCACUCACAACACCACCACCGGCUACGACGACCCCGCCGGCACUCACGGCCCUCACGGCAGCCGUGUUGGCAACCAGGUCGACCCUCGCGUCGACUCUGACCGCGACCACCAUGGUGCUCCCGGCUCCGGCUUGACCGGUACCCACGGUACUACUGGCACCACCGGCACUCACGGCUCUUCCGGUCUCACCGGCAGCCACAACACCCACGGCACCUCCACCACCCACUCUGCUGUCGGCCACACCGGCGCCGCUGUUGGCGGCGUUCACGGCACCGGCCCCGCACCCAACACCGCCGGACCCCACAAGUCUGAUGCCCUGAACAAGGCCGACCCCCGCGUCGACUCUGACCUCGACGGCAGCAAGACCGUCGGCGGCAACAAGACCUACGCCCAGUCAAACACUACUGGUGCUGCAAAGGACCCCACGGAUGCCGCUCAGGUCCCUCCCUCUGUUUUGGCGAAGCACAUUGGCGAGCCUCAGAUCGCACACGACGAUCACGGCCACAACCGCGCAAGACGCAACAGCAAGGUGUCCGCUCAGGACCUGCACCGUGGCCUGUGA